AUGGGUUAUGCCGUUGAGAAUUUUGCCCAGAAUGGCAUUACUCUCUCCAAUUUCUGGUGGAAGUCCAACAUGUCUUGGGAUAAAUGGGACCAGAUCCAGAAGCAACAUGCCAUGGUGAUCUGCAUUGGCUUCAAUCAGCUAUCAGACUCGGACAUGAAUGCGAAGGAUGAGGCCGAAGGCACAGUGGCGGACUUCACUGUGCGAGCGAAGUGGUACAUCGGAAAGCAGAGGGAUGACCUCGACGACCCCGACCCGACGACCAAUGCACUGAAGCGGCAGCAGCUCUACGCCGGCAGGUUCCAAAAAUUGUCCAGGCUCUUCAAGGCGACGCAAGCCGCGUACAACACCUUCCAGAUUGUCGACAUGCAUGGCACACUGGAACCGGGCGACAUAUGCGAAGACGGGUGUCAUCUCAACCACCAGGGCGCAACCAAGACAGCGACCGCCAUCGCACAAGCCCUCAAGUGUCCGAAGCCAGUUGCUCGUGGCAAGGGGCUCGUGUACGUGUGGAUGGCAUUGCUGGCUUUUGUGAUCCUCAAGGACCAGAUUGGGGAGGCCGCGAGAGGCGUCGGGAACAUGACUCUCGCCGCCGGUCAGAAGGCCAAGGCGAUCAACCAGGAGCACCAAAUCACUGACAAGGCGGUCGCCAUGGGCAAGGCCGCCGUCGAGAAGGCAAAGGAGGUGGACAACAAGUAUAGCUUGGUCGACAAGGCGAAGGAGGGCGUCAGCAAGGGAGUCCAGUCCGCGAAGGAGUUCGAGAACAAGUACCACGUCACGGACAAGAUCGCGAGCGGCGUGUCCAAGGGUUUGUCGAAGGCCACGGACCUCAUGUCCAAGAGACCCGGCUCCGCCGAGGGGGGCACGGCGAACGCCGCCAGCGCGGCGAGUACAGGCGCCUCGUGA